AUGCGUUUCUCGGUCGUGCUCGUCGCAUCACUGGCGCUGGUCGUCGUCUCUGCUUGUGAGCAGACCUGCAUGGACGGCGUAACGCAUGCUUGGCUCAGCAACUACACGACCCCGGUGACGGAUGUCUUGACGGCUGUGGCAAACCAGAUUAGCGCGAACAUUCUACGGCCGGAGAGCCGACCAAGCGAACCGCUAGCCCUCUUACAGCCCAUUAUCAACGCGUACGACGACCAGAGCUUCUCGGCGCUCGAGACCGCGAUCUUUCCCAGUUUCUUUCAUGGAAAGUGCCAGCAAGAUGGUGUUGACCCUCCUGGCUGCCCGAAUCCUGAUUGCCCUGUUGUCUGUGGAACUCCUGGCUCUCUGGUUCAUUUCUACGGGAAGCUGCGUUACAUAGCAUACAACCAGACGAGACAUAUGCUUGAAAAUCUGUCUAAGCCCGGGUCCACGACGUACAAACAAGUCGAAAAGAUGGUUCUACAACAUGCCUCCAAGAGCCGACGUGUCCCUGGCUCGGCCCAACGCUAUAUGCGCCGAGAUAUCCUGUCGACCUUCGAUACAUCAAGUGUUGGAGAGCUCACCUCCUUGACCACGAGGUCUACGGAUGCUGAAACCACUCUCAAGUCUAUCAUGUCACAAGUCGGGUCCAUGCUGGAGAAGGCCUGUGGCGGUUCUGGCGACGGAAACUCCAAUGGCUUACCGGACUGCAGCUGGGAAGGGGAAAUGAAGGCGUUCAUUCUGUCGUAUCCUUGA